AUGCUCUCGGCCAACAGCAUCACGUCAUUCGUCACCGCUCUCAUCUGCACCCUGUCUUGCAUAGCCGACGCCAACGCCGGUAUCGAUUGCUUCAAGUGCGUUUCUCUGGAAUGGCAGAACCGCGCUUGCGACGAUCCGUUCCACAACAACUUCAGCUCGGGACUUUUGGAGUCGCCGUGCAUGGGUGGGCGGAAAGGCCGCAACGGUCUGUUUCCGGCUACUGCGUGCAUCAAGCUCACCGGUUACUACAAAGCUACCGGACAGCACGUUACGGUUAGAGGAUGUGCAUUGGAUAGCGGCACCUUGACCACAGACACAGAAAUUAUUCGAAUGUCGCAUUGCGGAGGAUUCUAUUUCGAUGACAAGUACGUUGACGGCUGUUUGCAGAGUUGCGACGACGCGGACGGCUGCAACCCGCACCGCCGCCCAAGUCUCUGGACACGACGCUGCUGA